GCAAAGAACAGAACAUCUCUCUCUCAAUACUCUCAGCCUCGUACGGUCUUCUCAUUAAUCAAUCAUACGACAAUGUCUUCGAAAACUCCCACCACCUUUUACCUAAUAGCUUGCUCCUUUCUUCUGUUCCAAGCUGUUCUUGGAGCAGAUCCUCUCUUCCACUUCUGCUCGAGUUCGUCCGGGAACUUCACCCACAGCAGCCCUUACGAGGCGAACUUGAACAAGCUCACUAGCUUCCUCUACCUCAAGACCCCUCCGUCGGGCUUCGGUCUCGGCUCUAUCGGACAGUACCCGGACCAGGCUUAUGGUCUUGCCCUGUGUCGGGGCGACGUCUCGGCAUCCAACUGCAAGUCGUGUGUGGCUGAUGCAAGCUCUGAGAUCCGUAAACUGUGCCCCCUAAACAAAGGCGCUGUCAUAUGGUACGAUAACUGUCUCUUUAAAUACUUUGAUGAGGACUUCUUUGGUAAGAUCGACGCCCAGAACACAUUCUACAUGUGGAAUCUGAACAAGGUGAACAAUUCCGUGGAGUUCAACCAGAAAACAGAGGAGUUCUUGACUCAGCUGACAGAUGAAGCCUAUCAGACCACAAAACUGUAUGCGACCGGAGAGUCGGAGCUUAACAAGUCGACCAAGCUGUACGGCUUGGUCCAGUGCACGAGGGACUUGUCCUCGAGCGACUGCAAGAAGUGCCUUGAUGAUGCAAUUGGUCAGCUCCCAAGCUGCUGUGAUGGGAAACAGGGAGGGAGAGUUGUUAGUGGAAGUUGUAACUUCAGAUAUGAGAUCUAUCCAUUUGUGAAUAAUCAAAACCACCUUCUACAAUCUUUAAUUAAGAAUGUAAACGCUGAUCGAUCAGCUACAUUAGCAGCUGCAAAGUGUCCAUUCCAAUACCAUCUUAUGAUCUUCACCCAUGUGAUUGAACGUGACAUGUUCUUCUCCAAACCAAUCCCUCUAUUCCUUCUAUCGAUUUCUCUUCUAUGUUCCUGCACUGUCGGGACCGAUGAUCCGCUCUAUCACAUCUGCUUUAGCCCGGAAAAUUUCACUUCCUCUAGCCCUUACAGGAACAACCUCAACGAUCUCCUAGGCAUCCUCUCCACCAAGGUUCCGCCAACAGGUUUCGGCACUGGAUCAAGCGGUUCGGGACAGGAUGUUGUCUAUGGUCUUGGCCUGUGCCGGGGAGAUGUUAAGAGCGAUGACUGCAAGACAUGUGUUGUCGAUGCAGGGCAGGAGCUCCAGGCAAGAUGCCCCACCAGCAAAGGCGCAAUCAUAUGGUAUGAUAACUGCCUCCUGAAGUACUCAGACAAGAACUUCUUCGGGAAGAUUGAUAACAAGAACAAGUUCCAUCUGCUCAACGUACAGGAUGUGGACAUAGACUUCAUGGAGUUCUACCAGAAGAUCAAGGACUUGCUUGGGGUUUUGGCCGAGAAGGCUUCUGGGACCCCAAUACUGUAUGCUUCUGGGGACGAGAAACUAAAUAAGACGUCGAGGCAGACGCUGUUCGGGUUGGCCCAGUGCACUAGGGACUUGACUGCUGCCGAUUGCAAGACAUGCCUUGACCAUGCUAUCAGCGACUUGCCUAGCUGUUGCUAUGGCAAGAGAGGAGGCAGAACUGUGGGCGCAAGCUGUAACGUUAGAUAUGAACUUUACCCCUUUGUUAACGUCUGAGUUCAAUAUGUCCUAUGAUUGGAUAUAGUAUGAGCUAGCACGUAUUUACGUUGUUAUUUAGGUUCUCUGGACUUUUAUCCUCUAGGCUCUGGAGAUUAAUUAAUAAAGGCCAAAGUGUACCAAUAACAAAUACUUCGAUAUAUGCCAUUGUGACCAUCUCAAUACGA